AUGCGCGCUCACCCCGCAUCCCGGGCCGCGGGGGGACAAAGCCGGCACCGGGGAUGUGUCAGGCGUGUCCCGGGCCAGACCCGGGCCGGGAGCUCGGCCGAGCGCGAUGCCAGCAUCCCCGACCAUUUUGCGCAGCCCGCUCGGGGCCAGCGCUCCGGGCUAAGUUUAGCGGGGCGGCCGCGCACGCCGCGGCUCUCGGGCAGCGCCGAGCCCCCCGCGGGGCAGCCCGCGGGCUCCUUCCCAUCGCUCUCCCGGCGGCCCCGCGCUCCGGCAGCGCCCGGCUUCCUCCCGGCACGGGGAGAGGCAGGUGGAUGUCGGGAGGAGGGCGAGGAAGGGACGGGAGGCAGGAGCCGCCGCGGGCAGCAGGGUGCCGGCAGCAGUCUGUCAGGCUGUCCCCUCGGCAAGGAUAAAAGACACUGCCCACCGGCCUCGCCGCUGCCGCCCGAAACAACUUUGUCUCCUUCCAGCCGCUGGGAAAGCUCCUCUCUUUCCUUCUUCUUCACCUUAGAAUCCCAGAACGACCAAAACGACGGCAAACACCCGGGAAAGAGCAGGCACAAGGAAAGAAACGAGCGAGAGAAAAGAGUUUUGCUGAGGCAUCAUUACUAUGGGGAACCUGCUGGCACUGCUGGGCAUGCAGGACAACUUGCACACCAAAAUUCAAACUCCCGUCCGUCACCUCUGACAACUUAUGAAUCCCUGUGCCAGAAACCCUUGGAAGACAGCAUGAGAAAGAGGAUUAUCUGCAUGGUUCCUUACAUUCUUGGUGGCUGUCUCUUCAACCAAAGUGCCUUUGGAAAAGCACAUGGCUAUCACUCACUAAGUAGUUUGGGUGGUUGGUGUUUUAGGAAGCAGGCAACUCAGAAUAAAUUGGGGGGACGGGCUCUGUUCUGUCAAUAUUGACCAAGAGCCACCUUAAUGAAAGCCCUCAUGUUAAGGAGUUGAGAGCUGUCUCAUGAGAAAGUCUUGUUGGCACUUUUACUGACAGUCUUGUCCUGUGUGAGGGAGUGCAGAGCAUGCAGGGGAAAGAGAAGCCCAAGCUCCAUGAGAGAGACAAAAGAUCAAAAGCAGUGAAGAAAUUAUGGUAAAGCAAUUAACAUUGGCAUGUUCACUAUUUUGCCCGUGUCCCUUUUCCAGUAGCUGAAAAGCAGUUUUGCCCUUCUGUCUCAAUAAAGCAGUGGCCCCAAAGAUGCCUUUCCCAAGCCCCAAAGGUGCCCACAACAUUAAAAAUCUGCUCAAUUAACUGCUGGUUAAUGGAGCUAGAACUGACCCAUUUUGACAAAGGGGAUCAGAGAGCGUGCCAGAGAAACUGGAGGUGACGGCCAGUGCCCCAGCUCUUUCAUUCCAGAGAAUUGCAGGAACAAAUAGUUCCAGCAUGGUUAUCCUCACAAAGAGAAGUGGGGAGCAGCAGAGAGAGGUGCGUGGUGAGGAGGAAAGACAUUUUAAUUCUCUCUUCCCUUUUGUCAUCUCUGCUCAGUAACACAUUAUGUAACAGGUUUGGGUUUUGUUUAAAUUGAGACUGUGAAAGUUUCCUGACUGUGAAACUGUGACAGUAAGAAGUACUUGUGAUCUUUUGAAAAUAUUUUUCUUUCUAGCUGAAAAAAAAGAUAUAUGCAGAAAAGUCUAUACUAGAACAGCAAAUAAACUUUUUCAAUAUAGAGUCAGGAUAUUUCUUUUCCUAACAUAA